AAGACGGAAGACGUGCAUAUCGAAAGUUAGUAGUAGAAGCCGCGAGAGGUAGACUGACCUUCAUUUAAACGGGCUGAUUUGAAAUUCAGAUUCAGAGACUCAGAGAAGAAGCCAUUGGAUUUGACAGUUUAAAGCAGUGAAAAAUGUCACUGACACGUGAGCAAUUUUAUAACAAGGGAAUUAGGCCGUAUAUGGGUCGUUUUGCAACAGAUAUCAAAGUAAGAGAGAUCUUACCUUAUCUGCAAUGCCUCACAAUCUCUGAUCGGGAAGAGAUCGAAGCCAAGAAAGAACAAUAUGGAAACUACAAUGCUGUGCAGACACUUCUGGACAAUCUGCGCAGGCGAGAGAACUGGAUUGAUGAAUUCAUCACUGCUCUGCGGAAGUGUGAACUUGGAAGUCUGGCUAAUGAGAUGAGCGACAUUUAUGACAGGAUCAGGGGGAUCACAAGUGGACCCAAACCUACAGAUACUCUAGCUCCUUCUUUAACUGGAGCCACAGCAACCGUUACAACGGCAACAGUUCACACUGUCCCACCUACUACUCUUCCUCUGCUAAUGCCACCUGCAGGAGAUGCCCCAGUACAUUCAACUGCCCCUUGCAAACAAGCAACACAGGAACCGUCUCCUGAUUCUGUUCUUCAAGUUGCAGAGACACAGCAGGUGGAGCAAGUUUCUCCUCCAGCUCCGGCACCUACACCUGAACCAGUUCCCCAAACUGAAAUCACACCACAAGUUAUAGCACCUUCCCAAGCAGCUCCUGACAUGUCCUCACCAAUUAAUUUAAAAGUCUUAACACACACUGGAGAAGCUGUUACCAUAACACCUGUUUCUAGAGCACUAGAUAGCCUUGGCUUUACAAUCACCUCAUCUGCUGGUGAAUCUCCCAUCUCCACCUCAUGUACUCAAGCGUCCAUCUCAAACACUUCUCAAAUCCAAUUGACAAGGCCUUGCUCGACCACCCAGAGCUCAGGGAAUAUACAGGUGCCAAAAAAAGAAGUCAAAGACUUGGACACUUCUGAGAAGUUCCCGGUCCAAGACACUAAUCUCCCAUUGCGACAGGAAAGAACAUUUCAGGGGCCUGAAGAGACUUCCGACCCAAUUGCAAAUGAGGUACCUACAGGUAAGGUGUUGGAGCAGGGAUGGAACCACACUAUGCAGGACUGUGGCCCUCCAGGAACUGAGUUUGACAUUCCUGCUAAAAGCAAACAGUGCAAAACCCCCAGUUCCAAGUUAGUUUGAGUAAGGCUAAGGUUCUGGUCUUCUGUUACCUUUUGUGGCUUAUUUUCUGUCUUUUCUAUAGGUUGUUCAGAGGCACAAUGGUGUUGGCUUGCCAGUUUCAAAUGCCGAAAUCAUUUCAAACAGAACAACUCAGGCGACAACAUCUACACCUACUGAAGUGGUUGCACAUGCUCCCCAUUCUGUUAUUCCAGAACAGGAAUAUUUCAGCAAGCCUGGAUUCCUUCAGAUUCCAGAACCACAGCAAAACCGAGCAGGGACUCUUCCAGUCUUGCAAGAAGAUCCUUGCUCAUUGGUUUCAGGUGAUUUGGAGAUCAGCAGAGAAACCGCAUCUUCCACAGAAUCUCGACAGGUUGCUAGUCUUGCAGACCAGGCCUCCACUUCCUCCACUUCCACUCUGCCCUUAAAUAACCCUUCAUACACUUCUGCACUGCUGACUAAUAACCAGCCUGAGGAGGAUCACUAUGAAUCUGUCAGUGAGAAUCAGACAUUGCGCCAUGUAUUCCAUGUUGCAGAGGAGCCGCCUGCUGAAAACCUGAAUGGUCAGCCACCAAGCAUGCUGCUACGUAGUAGAGUCAACUCUGAGGAACCACCAACCCUGAACCGUGUUGGCAUUGAAAAUGUAGCUCAUAUUUGUGUGCCAUCUGUGGAUAUUGCAGAGGCAUCAGAUCAUAAGUCAACCACCGUCAUUGCCCGAGAGCAAGAAUGCAAUGCUGCUACUGCUGCAACUAUUCAACAACCUGAGCAGAGAGAGGAGGGUCGCCCAGAGUUAUUCAGGAUAAACAAUGUCCACGUUGUAACUGCAGCAGGGAUUGCUCUGUCUGCUGUUUUCUUGGCCUGGAAGCUCAAUCAUUAACUGUAAAGCCUAUUUGGGAUAGUUUACCCAAAAAUAUUAGCAUUUUGUCAUUAUGUACUUAACUUUCAUAAACCCAUUUUGUUUUUCUUUUCCAACAGAGCACAAAGGUGCGGUAUGUCAACUUUUGACUCACAAAAAUGUCAUGAUUUUUGGCAGAUAAGAAACAUGCUACGUGAACAUACUUGUUUAUCUCAAAAACAAUUAUAAAAAAAAAAUAAAUUAUAUACACAAUUAUCAGUUAUUCUCCUUGAAAAUAUGCAUUCCGUGUCGAAAUGUCCAUUUUUGUUUUGGUCUGUGUGACUCCAACCACUGCCAGUUUACCCAGUUAUAUUUCAACACUCUGGGUUCCUUGGUGGAAAACACAGCAGAUUUCUUUUCUGUCUUAAAGGCUGCCUCAUGGCUGAGGAUGUGGCCAAAAUGCGACCUUCGAAGGACAGCAGCAGUCUGUCUAAGUGUGACACAGAUAUAUAAUAGAAAUGUUUAAAAAAUGCAAAAACAAUAAAUGAAAAGAUAAAGGUUAGGGGCUGAUCACACAACGCACUUAUAUGUUCCAAAAACGCGAGGCGCACCACACUGCCUUUUUUGUUGAAAAAAAAAAAAAAUGCAGUGCGCUUUUUAUGUCGCUAAGCAACGACAGAAUCAGCUGCGUAUUGUGCUCGAGUGUUGCUGUUGAUAUAAUUUAAUUGUAUAUUUAAUAAUAUUCUGAUAUUCAAAGUUUGUGAAGUCAUACAGCACCAGAUAAGUUAAAACAGCAGCCUAUAGUCUCUCCUCCAUUUUCAAAAGUCUCCAUAGUCAUCUUGACAACACGAAGAUUGCUGUGACCUCAAUGGAAACUCCGCCUCUGCUUUCAUUUGAUUGGAGAAUAAAACAGAUGUGACUGACGUAACACACUUUUUCCGCUCAGACUUUUUUUCAAUCACAAGCACACAGCACACAACAGCAAAAUCACAAGGCGCAGCAGGCGGUUAAUACAUGAGGCAUGCAGGACGCAUAAAGCCUGGGUUACUUCUGUGUCAAGUGAUCAGCGUGACCCAUGGCACAUGCAAUGCGCAGAGCCGAGCAUUUAUACUUCUGCACGCUGUUUCUGUUGCUCUGCUAUAACACUUCCGAAACGUUAGCUGGCAGUAGGUGUUUAAGUUGUGUCGAGUUUCUUCACUGGUGUUUUGUUUUUUCUGAACACUACCUUAAUGUACAAGUGGCUCAAAGUCAGUCGCAUGAGUCAGUCGCAUGAGGAGGGGCCAGGUGAAAUAAAUCCUCUUAAAUAUUUUGAAUUUGCACUGAAAUGAUUCAACCACUAGGUGUCAAUCCUGCAUACUGCACAUUUAAGCAAAAUGCCUUGCUAAAAUGCUUUUUGAUACAAGAAACUGACAAAAAUGACCUUAAAAGUACUCCAAGUAAUGUGUGUGCUACCUUAAGGUUUCUGUGAGGAAACCAAAACUCUUAUAUGCUUUUAUUCAUAUCUAUUUAUUUUCGUGUGUGUGUGUGUAGACCUAAAUAUAAUCCUCAAUUCUCACAUCUUACUUAUGCCUUGAAUUUCAGGGCUUGCAUGUAUAUUCUGUUGCACCAGUAAAAUCAGAUUCACUGCUGAAAAUAGUGUCAUGUUUCCUUGUCAUGCACCCCAGCUUGACAUAUAUUACGCUGUAAUACAAACAGUCUUGUGUGUGAAAGAUUCCAAAUAUAGAGCUUUAGCAUAAACUUUAUUUGAAAUAGAAAGUCGUUUGGAAAAAUUAUUUGCUCAUGCAGAAUGAAAUCUAAAAUAACUCUGCAUGAGUGUUUUCUCUCUCAUCUUGUUUCUUUUAAAUUCUCAAUUACAGAUGCCUGCAUGAACUCUGUAUUCUCCACUGCCUUCCCCAUGAGAAUGUCUAACAGGCACUUUCUAUUUUACUAUCAAACUUAAAGCAUACAUGCUCACAACCAAAAUCUCAUCCACAGCUGAGGAGUGUCAAAAUGUCUUUUCCUGAUGCCUGGUGUAAGAGGUACCAAUAAUGCAUCAUGCCAAUGCCCAAUGCACAGCUAAAGAGUAAAAAAAUAGAUUUUAUGCACAGUAUAUAAUAAAAAUAACAAGUUUAUGUAUUCUCUUUAAUUUAUGUAAAUUUGAUCAGCAAGUGCACUUUUGUCUGAACUGUUUAAUGUGCAAAUCAUACAUGAAUGUGAUUUUAAAAGCACUGUAUGUGGUAAUCUAGGGAUAUUUUAAAAGCAUUUUUAUCGGUGCAGGUGUUUGCUAGACACUGUAAUACAGGGAAAUAUUCACUGUGUACAUUCUGCUUUUUUGUGUACUGGUCAAUCUUGAUUGUUCCUGUUCUUAAAGAUUUUUACAAAUGCUGAAAUAAAAAAUGUCCUACCUUGAGUC